GUUAAUGUAACUACAAAUUUUAUAUUUUAACUAAAUACGGAGUAUAUUUUUUCAACCUUUAUAAUUAAAGGGUAACACAACUUUUUGACAGGGGAAAGGCAAAAAAUCAUUUUUUGACGCUCUUUUCCACUGGUCCAGUCCUUCCUUCCUAUCCAUUUUCCGCCCCAUAAGCGAAUAUUCCGUCGGAGCUUCCGGUACAAAUCAGGUUUGGCUAUUAGGACUAUUCGGCUCCAAAUCCCCCAUUUCCGAAUCCAUAGCCCGAUCCAAAUAAGUUUGCUUCUGACUUUUAGAUAUGGCUGUUGGAUUUUAACUUCUGCACGCGGAUUUGAGAUGUGCCUCUCUAUUGCCAAGCCGGGGUAAGGUCUCUUAGAAUAUAUAUAACUCUUCCUGGUCCACGACCACAACCUUGAGCUUUUGGUUGAAUUGGUUCCUUGGCAUCUUUCCUUUUGGUUGAAUUGGUUCCUUGACAAGGUCUGGGUACACGAACCCUCUCCGGACCCUAUUUUUCGUGGUAUUUUACUGGGUUCGUUGUUGUUAUUGGAUGCGGUCACACGGAUAUAUUUAAUGUAUUUGAAGAACUUGAAUGAUGGAAGCUUUAAGAUUUGUACAGAACUAUACAGUCUUCACCUUGGGAGAAGAUUUUCCCUGUGGUCUAUGAAGAAGGACCCAGAGCUGGAAUCUGCAUUGUCUCGGAACCGUCGCUGGAUAGUGAACAAUCAGAUCAAAAACAUAAUCCUCAGAUAUCCGAACCAGGUUGUUCCUGUCAAGUUCCUGCAGAAGAAGUUCAAGACUCUUGAUCUCCAAGGAAAGGCUUUGAAUUGGCUCAAGAAGUAUCCUUGUUGCUUUGAAGUUUUCCUGGAGAACGAUGAAUACCAUUGCCAGCUCACCAAGAGAAUGGUGGCUUUGGUCGAAGAGGAAGAGGCUGUGAAGGAUAUGCAGGAGCCUGUGAUUGCCCAGAGGCUAGCUAAGCUGCUGAUGAUGAGCCGCGACAAGAGGCUGAACGUUACUAAGCUCAAUGAAUUGAAGAGAAACUUCGGAUUCCCCGACGAUUAUUUACUUAGAAUCGUGCCCAAGUACAAUCACCUCUUUCGAGCUGUUAACCACACGGGGAUGAGAAGUUCAAUGGAGAUUGAACUCACGUCGUGGAAUCAUGCAUUCGCCACCUCUGCAGUUGAAAGAGUGGCACAAGAGGGGGGCCACGAGCCACGGUUUUCGUUCUCCUUGCCAGAAAAUUGGGCAAAAUCAUGGGAAAGGUUUCAAGAAUUCAACUCCACCCCUUAUAUAUCACCUUAUUUAGAACUCAAAGAGACGGUAGAUAUGGAUAAGAGAACGGUUGGGCUAGUGCAUGAACUACUAUCCUUAUCCUUGUGGAAGAAGGCAUCCAUUGUCAAGUUAGGCCAUUUCAGAAGAGAAUUCUGUUUGCCCGAGAAGCUGAACGCCUUGCUGCUCAAGCAUCCCGGCAUUUUCUAUGUUUCAAACAGGUACCAGAUAUAUACGGUUCUCCUCAGAGAAGCCUACAAUGGGUCUGAGCUCAUUGAAAAGGAUCCACUUGUUGCUGUGAAGGAGAAAUUCGGAGAGCUGAUGCAAGAGGGGCUGCAUGAAUACAACCGGCGGCACCACUUGCUGAAUUUAGAGAGGAAGAGGAAGAAGGGAAUGGUAGCGGCAAUAAGAGCCGAGAAAAGAAGGAAGGGAAAUGGAGAGGAUUUGGAAGAUGGAGAAGAUCAAGUAGGCGGCGGAGAUCUCGGGGGCAUUUUCGACCCAGAAGAAAGAAAACGGUUUUAUCGAGUUCUCUUUGAUGAGAAGACCCCAUAGACAGUAAUCUGUUAGCUUGUUUUUGGCACACUUGAGAGAAGAUGGGCACAAUGGUAUUCUAUCAAUGUAGACUUGGGAAUUUGGUUCUUUUGCCUUCAUGGAUGGAAUGCCAUUUGCCCAAUAAUAGCAUAGUACAUAUGAUGCCAAGGAAUGCCCAAUAUAAUGACUAUGUCAUGUAGCACUAACCAUUGAAAUAUGUAGCUAUGGUUUCAUUUACAACAUUUCCCCUUUGUCCCAAAAACAUUUCUACAUAGGAACCAAUUUUACAUUAAGAAUAAUGCAGUAUAAAAUUG